GGACUUCCAAGUCUCUGGUUGAAGAUCGCCUCUUAAUCGCCUUCUCGUCAGUUUCUCCGAGAGUGAGAUUCGGAAAUGGCUAGUUACUAUGACAUUGACGAUAUCCUCACGGAGGAAGAGCUUGUUCCGGUUGUAUUUCACAAGGCGGCGAACGGAGUGAUAAUUGAUCCGAGUUCCGAAACAAAUUCUGUUGAACAAGGUGCAAAAGUAGAGCUGCCUUUGUGGCUUGCUCAAGAGUUGCACUGGAGGCAAGCCGUAUCAAUUAGUGCUCCUCCCUGUUUCAAUCAGAAAACAAGGCUGGAGAUCCAAGCAGAUGCUGCAUGUGUGGAUCUUAGAUCUCGGUGUCCAUAUUUCUAUGAAUUUGGCUGCAAGAUACUGCCUCUAGUUGGCGAUAAAACUAUCGAAAUCUUGCUGUUAUCCGCAUUCAAGAUCAGAUAUAAAGAAACUCUGACCAAAGCUUACACUGCAGCGUACACAGCAACUUCCAAAGUCCUAACACUUCUAACACGAGAGGAAACCAACCUGUAUGAGGCAGCUCAGUCUUCCAUGGCAGCCUUCAAGAAAUGGCGGAUGGGUGGACCCAGAUUGCAAAGAGCUUCAGUUCUUGGGAGGAAACGGAAACCUGUUAAUUAGGUGCUGAUUCUUCUAACCUGACAGUAACUCUAAUCCAGUCACUCACUCAAUGGCACUGCACUCAAAUUAUAUUACCCCUUGUCUGACUGCGUGAGAUUAUGUUGAUAUGCUGUUGCUGAGCAUGCAAAAUAAAACUUAAUUUGUCCU